AUGGCGCCGUAUUCUGUUCUUGUCACGGGCGCAAAUCGAGGAAUAGGCCUCGGGCUCGUCAAGCAGUUUCUGAAGAAUAAAGAUAUCAAGCACGUCAUUGCUACUACGAAAGAAUCGACAGAUAAAGUAAGUAACGAACCACAUUUGGAAUGGAAUAAAUUCCAGUUAUGCCCUUUUUUAGGAAAACCAAACUCCCGACAGCCAAGAGGAAGUGCAGGCCUGAAAGAGAUCUCUGACAAAAGACUAAAAGUGGUUGAAUUGGACCUGUCAUGUGACAAUUCCAUAAAGAAUAUGUAUCCUCAGGUGGAAAAAAUCGUUGGAGAUCAUGGUCUCAAUGUUUUGCUGAACAAUGCUGGAAUAUUCGUCAGUUAUACUACAAAUCAGAAGCCAGACCGUGGCGCUCUUAUCAAAAACUUUGACACUAAUGCAGCCAGUGUUGCCGUACUUACCCAGACGCUCCUUCCGCUGAUACGUAAAGCUGCUAAACAAUCCCAAUCGGACGAGUUCUCGAUUGACCGAGCUGCGAUUCUGAGCAUCUCCGCAAGCAUUGGUUCUAUUUCUGAAAACACAGCAGGCUCCGGUAAUCCAGGAUUGCUAGCCUACAGAAUAAGUAAAGCCGCUUUGAAUGCCUUGAUGAGAACUUUGGCCGUGGAUUUGGAGAAGGAUCGCAUUCUCGUAGCGAACUUCAAUCCUGGAUGGGUAGAAACGGCCAUAGGUGGAAAACAAGCAACUAUGACGGUUGAUGAAGCAACUGAGAGAUUAGUCCCAUCGUUCUACAAACUGACAAAAGAGCACAAUGGUGGCUUUUUCGAAGCAGAUCUCAAACCUAUU